GCAAUAGGGCAUCCGCUGGUGGAGUACCUGUUUCACUUCCCACUUGUCGUUUAGCGAAGGAAGGAAAACAGCGCGACAGCUUAUGCCGAGGCGGACGCCUCGUACAAGUGCUGACGUGGACACCACGUGCAACGUGCAAGAUCCGACGUGGAUGCCACGUGGACGCUUCGGUACACGGGCUGACGCAGGGAGCGUGGGGGAAGGCGGGGAGUGUGGGGGAGGCGGGGAGCGUGGGGAGGAGGCGGCGGACUGGGGGAAAGCGGGAAGCGUGAGGGGGGCGCGCGUGCCAGGAGCUUCCACGUCGACGUCGAUGAACCCUGUGGCGCGCCUUGCCGAUGCCAUGCUUGGAACAUCAGCUAAGACGCAAGAACGCCUUCGGGAGCUUCCCGGCGUUGUUGGAGUCGGAGAGGCUUCCACCUCGGGAGCUCAAGGGGUGGUGCUUCCUGGUUUGCCUGGCUCAGAGUAUGAGAGAGGUUUUCACUCUCCCCUCGAUCGAAGUGACUCCAGUUUCCUUCAAGGGUUUUCUGGGCGAGAUGGGGAAUUUGCGGAGGCUUGGACAGAUGCCACUCAUUUGCAUCUGCCGGGGGAGGAACUGGGCCGACCUCCUUUUCUCCAUGAUACCGGCGAGCCGGGGAUGUCAGCAGCGUUCGAAGAGUUUGAGAAUAUUUACGGGCAGGAAGCGCGAAGGCGACAUUUCGACGAGGAUUUUUCGCUCGAUGAUGGAGCACAACCGGAGAGGGUUCUUUCCGGCUUCUUGCGAUCAUUCCUUGACAGCACGAGAUCGGAGAUGCCUUUCCAUGCUGUCAGACUUCCCGAGCUUGGCUUGUCGGACGCUGACAAGCGUUGCAUUCGAGAUCGAAGCAGCAUAAUGGCUAGGCACUUCUUUGCAGAUAAGGGUGAUGAGUACGCCACAGCGCAGGUCAGCGCCCUGCUUCAGUCAUUAGAUAUCACAGCCGAGGAUGAGAGCCGUUUACGUGAACCUAUGGGAGGGAGGUUUGAUGAAUUUGAUGACUACUGGGGAGAAUCAACCGCUCGUAAUCAGAAGCAAAUGUGGAGGGAGGAGGCUGGUGUCAUGGCGGAUAGGAGAGCUGGAAGUGAAGCAGCAAACUUGGCAGCAAUGAGGCAGACAAAAUCGCUUGUCGAAACACUUUCACAAAACCAGGACCCAAAGUUUAAGAAUUCGCGUUUUCUGCAGUUUGUUUCGAAGAUGAGCAGAGGUGAGCUGAUUUUCGAUGAGAAUGGUGUUAAGCCUGGUGUGGAAUCGAAAGCAAGUGAGUGGGCCGCGGAGUUUCAGGAGGAGCAUGGGCCAAAGUCGUGGGUGAAUGAGUUCUCACAUGCAAGCCGACAGCAGGAUCAAUGGGCAGAUGAAUUUGCAGAGCAGGUGUCAGACACUGACUGGACGCAGGAGUUCGGCGAGCAAGUCGCACGUGGAGCUUUCAGUGGCACAGAAGCCGAGUGGCUUGACUCAUACAACAAGUUUGUUGAAGAGCAAGUGAAGGGGGAGGCUGGUAAAUCGGCAUCAUCUCGAUGGCUCUACCAGUUUGCAGAUCAAAACCCUUAUGUUGGGCACCCUAAUCCCUUGAGAGAAGGGCAGGAGCUGUUUAGGAAAGGUCUACUUAGCGAAGCUAUCCUGGCAUUGGAGGCAGAGGUCCUCAAAAACCCUACCAGUGUGGACGGAUGGCGACUCUUAGGAAUCGCUCAUGCGGAGAAUGACGACGAUCGGCAGGCCAUCGCAUCGAUGUCGCAGGCAAGAGAGGCAGACCCAACGAAUCUUGAGGUGCUGCUUUCACUAGGAGUCAGCCACACCAAUGAGCUUGAGGCGGCAGAGGCGCUUGAUUAUCUCAAGGCCUGGCUGCAAAACCACCCUAAAUACGGUCACCUUGUAACCCAAGCCACUGCGCCAUCGAUGACGCACUCGGAGGCGCUAGACUUGAAGCCCAAUUAUGUGCGAGCUUGGUCGAAUAUGGGAAUCGGCUAUGCGAACCAGGGUUUGUACGGGGAAUCGAUCCGCUACUAUGUUAGAGCAUUAUCGAUGAAUCCAAAAGCUGAUAAUGCCUGGAAUUACUUGAGGAUUGCAGCCAGGCAAUCGCUACCGCUACGUAUGGUCUGCGUGCACCAAAAUAGUGAGAGGCAAUCUGCCAAUCGCUACUGCGACGUAUGGAUAAAGCGUGUCCCCUUGCAUUUUGCCUAUGUGAUCCUUCGGCCUCAUCGUCUGUGAUAAGGUAGGCAUAUUCAUCAUCUCGCGACCAAUCUGAUCUGUGAUCCUGGCCAUUCAUCUUUUUUUUUUCCAUAUAGCCCCUCGUUUGUUGUCCUCUUCUCCUCCCUCCCUCCCUACGGUUUACCGUCGGCAGCUCUGUUUGACUAUAUAUAGAAGCCCAGGUUGUUGUAGAGGGAGGGAGGAAGGGAGAAGAGGACAACAAACGAGGGGUAUGUAUGAAAAAAAAUAGAUGGAUGGCAGCUCUGCUAAACACAUCCAUCCGUCUUCAGUUACUACCUCCUCCCAUCUCUACCUCCUCCCAUCUCUUCCAUCUACUUCCAUCUCUUCCAUCUCUUCCAUCUCUUCCAUCUCUUCCAUCGCUGCCAUCGCUGCCAUCGCUGCCAUCUCUUCCAUCUGUUCCAUCUCUUCAUCUCUUCCUUCGAUUUCCUGCUUCCAUUCCUUGCUUCCAUUUCUUGCUUCCAUCUCCUCCUUGCAUUCCCCUCCAUCCAAUUUCCUUCAGCUUUCCCUGCAAAAUGAAUGAAUAUAGAUUCU